GCUGCGGCGGUUGCGGGGAGCCCCGAACCCCCGGGGAGAGGGGACGGGGGGACCCGGCGAGGACGCUCGUGCCCGGCUCUGGCCCUUCCCUGCUGCUCGCGGGCCGGGAGCCAUGACCCAGGGGAAGCUCUCUGUGAACAACAAACCCCCCAGCUCUGAGGGGCAAGGGGAGAAGAAGGACAAUGCCACAGCUCCACCAGCUCCUCCGACCUAUGAGGAGGCAACAGCAGGAGAAGGGAUGAAGUCUGGAGCUUACCCACCUCCUCCAUCAGUCCCACUCCACCCCAGCUGGGCUUAUGUUGACCCCAGCACCAGCCCCAGCUAUGGCAGCAGCGGGUACCCGGGGGACACGGAGACACUCACAACCUUCAGCUGGGAUGACAGGAACGUGCGCAGAGUGUUCAUCAGGAAGGUUUAUGCCAUCCUGAUGGUCCAGCUCUUGGUCACUGUUGUUAUUGUGGCUUUCUUCACCUUCUGUGAGCCAGUCAAGGGCUACAUCCAGACACACGCUGCCUGGUACUGGGCUUCCUAUGCUGUUUUCUUUGUGACCUACUUGAUUCUUGCUUGCUGCUCCGGACCCAGGAGGUAUUUCCCAUGGAACCUGAUCCUGCUGAGCAUCUUUACACUCUCCAUGGCUUAUCUCACUGGGAUGCUCUCCAGUUACUACAACACGAAAUCAGUCCUUCUGUGCCUGGGGAUCACAGCCCUGGUGUGUCUGUCUGUCAUCAUCUUCAGCUUCCAGACCAAGUUUGACUUCACCUCCUACCAGGGCGUCCUCUUCGUGAUGCUCAUGGUGCUCUUCUUUGGUGGCAUCAUCCUGACAGUGAUACUGCCCUACCAAUAUGUCCCCUGGCUCCACGCCGUCUACGCUCUGCUUGGUGCCAUCAUCUUUACCAUGUUCCUGGCAUUUGAUACCCAGAUGCUGAUGGGGAAUCGUCGGUACUCGCUGAGCCCAGAGGAAUACAUCUUUGGAGCCCUCAAUAUCUAUCUGGACAUCAUCUACAUCUUCUCCUUCUUUCUCCAGUUCUUUGGCUCCAGCCAGGAGUGAGUGCAGCAAGGCAGUAUCUUCUCUUUGCUAGCAAGAGUCAAGUGUUAAAAAAAAAAUAUAUUAAAAAAAUAAGAGGAAAAGAGGGUUAAAAACCCCAAGCAAAUCCAAACCUGCCCUUUCUGGCCCACUAGCAGGCUCCAUCCAACCAGCUGAGCAAAGCCCCUGGGUUCCUUAUGCAGCUUGUAAAUAUGCUGGUAGGCCUUUGUGACCCAGAAAGCAAAACAGGGCUGAAGUGGUUCUGUCUCUUCUGCUCCCUCUGCUUCUGCCAUCACACCAGAGCAGAGACUGGCAGGCUGGAGACCAGGAUCUCUUCUCCAGAGGCUGUCAGAGUUGCCUGAGUCCUGCAUGUUGAAUUGCUAAGAACAGCUCUGCAAAGGGUAAAUAACAUUAAGGGUAGGAGAGAAUUUUACUAGGAUCCUGGCAGGAAAAUCAGCUGAAUGAAGGAAAAAUGCCAGGGAAGUCCUUCCAUUCCCCUCUUUCUCUCUUGCAUUCACUUGGAGCCUUGUGGUCUCUGCAGAGGUGUAUUCCUGGUAGUGCCUGCUCAGAGAAGUGCAGACCACAGGAUCCUGCAGUCUGGAUGUCCCAGCAGUCAGUCCUCCAGGCAUGAGGAAACCUGUUGUUGAGGACAUGCAGCCUGUUUGAGGGUGUCCUAAUGUCCCUGGUGGAAGAAUUGUUCUAUAUUCUUUGCAUCUGGCCAUGGAGCAGAGUAUGUGCUUGCUUUCCCUCCCAGAGCAGGACAGCAGGACCACUGGCUGGAGCCUCACCUCCCCACCCCAGCAGGACAUGCAUGUCAAUUCUCCUCACCUGAGAGAGUUGUGAGCCCAUGUAAGGAUUAUUGGCAGAGAAUGGCAGAAGAGAGAUGAAAGAGGUUGAGUUUCAGAGCCCAUGCAAAGCCAUGCACCUCCUGAUGGGGGAGAUGGGUGGUUGGCAUCCUGCAGCCCAUGGAAAGGAACUGAUGCCUUCACAAAAUUGUCUUGGUUGAUUGAGUUAUAGAAUGGUUUGGGUUGGAAGGGACCUUAAAGAUCAUCUAGUUCCAACCCCCCUGCAUGGGCAGGGACACCUCCCACCAGCCCAGGCUGCUCCAAGCCCCAUCCAACCUGCCCUUCAACACUUCCAGGGACGGAGCAGCCACAGCCUCCCUGGGCAGCCUGUUCCAGCAUCUCACCACCCUCACAGAAAAGAACUUUUUCCUAAUGUCCAACCUGAAUCUCCCCUCUUUAAACUUCAGACCAUUGCCCCUUGUCCUCUCACUACACACAUGUGUAAAAAGCCCCACCCCAGCUUUCUUGUAGGUCCCCUU